CGUAGCACCCGGCAAAUCGAUUAGUAACUACGGUAGCCACUAAUCGAUAGCAGAAAGCAAGCAUCAAGUGAAACAGAAUGGAUGAUGUUGACGACGAAAGUCGUUUAGUCCAGAACGAGUCUUUAAAUUGUACUGAAUCCAUAACAUCGAAUCGAAGGUACUUACUUUUGGAACCUCCAGUGUUUCUCUUAUCGUACGCGUACUAUCUAUCAUCGACUGUUCUAACCGAUCAAAUCGUAUACCAAACCUGUACGGUUUCAUUCGAUGUCAACCGGUCGGAGUGUGCCCAACUAGGAAAAGAACAUGAAUCCGCCGAAGUGCAGGCAUUGGAAGCUCGGGUUCAACCGUAUACUGCCAACAUACUAAUGGUUCAAUCCAUCAUAUACUCGAUUUUGCCGGCGGUACUGAAUCUCUUCAUUGGACCCUGGUCCGAUCAAUUUGGCCGUAAGCCGGUACUGUUAGUAACUUUUGUUGGUUGUGUAUUUUCUUACCUCCUGGAUACUGUGAUAUGUUUCCUUUCCGGUCAAUAUCCGGUGAGCCCUUGGUACUACACUAUAUCGUGUGUACCAUUGGCAUUGACCGGAUCGAUUUGUACACUAAUGACAACCGUGUACUGCUACAUAGCGGACGUCACAAGCGAAGAGAAUCGAAGCAGUAAAAUGACUAUUUUGGAAGCAGCACAAUACAGUGGAAUGCUGCUGGGUAACAUAAGUAGCAGUUUUGUUUUGAAAUGGACCAACGCUACCACCGUGUUUGCCAUAGCUACCGGUUCCACGUUCAUCGCGAUCCUUUACAUCGCCCUCGGCGUCGAAGAAAGCAUCACAAUCAAUGAGGACUGCCGAAGGGAAGGUUGUCUCUCCCGGAUCAGAAACUUGUUCCGACCCGGAUUAGUGCUGGACACGUUCCGAACUACCUUUGGGAGUAGAUCAAAUUUCAAUAGACCCAUCAUUUUAAUGGGAGUGACGGUGCUAGGAUCCUGUCUGUUUGUAGAACAAUAUCAAACAGUGUUGUUCCUAUUCGUAAGGAAACACUUUAAUUGGAAUGUGCGAACAUUUUCGUUCUACUACUCGGUCGAUACGGUGAUUCUGAUUUUCGGAAACCUUUUCGGUACGUUUGUGUUGCAGAAACAACUUGGUAUCACUGGAGCCGGCAUUUCAGCGAUAGGAUUUUUCAGUUGUCUUUUAGGCAGUAUUGUACUAGCUGUCGCUACCAAGCCAUGGCAUUUGUACGCAGCCGUUGUAACGAAUAUGCUGUACGGUGUCUCGAAUUCAAUGACUAGAGCAUACGUUUCCAAUGCUGCCCCACCAGAAGAUAUUGGGAAAAUAUUCGCGUUUUCGUCUACAUUCGAAGAACUCAUGCCGCUGGUGGCAGCACCGUUGUAUACCAUGGUGUAUAAAAGGAAUCUUGCUUGGUACCCGGGAGCAUUCAACUGGAUCAGCAGCAUUGUGUAUGUUCUCUGUUAUUGUUUGUCAAUGACGGUUUGUGUUUUACAAUCGAUGCAACGAUCUGUCACAUUGCAAUGAGAAAUGAACAACGUGCUACCUUAAAGAUGUACUGUGAUUUAGAAAAAAAGUUAAAGAACUAGAAAAAUUAGUUUAUUUAAGAAGGUUUCGGAAUAUCUGUCAAUCUCAAAAAGACCGAUUUUUAAAAUCAAAUAUUGAGGGCCAAAACAAAUCACCUCUACCUAAUUUGUGAAAUAUAAGAGUGUGUGUCUAACCUAUUCCUAGUCCCAAAUAUAUGUUUCGAUGUGUUUUUUUUUUAUACAUGCAAAUAACUUCAGUCCAGAACUCAGGAAGGUGUUCACUCAUUCGAAUUCCGAUGACCCAUUUCGUAUGCAAAGCAAAUCGUGUUCCGAGAUCACCGUUCCAUCAACCAACCCCGCACCAAUGAAUAUUUAGAGCCACAUUAUA